CGUCCUCCCCCCUGGAGCCCACAGCUCGGCUGCCCGCGUCUCUCACUCCCCCCUGCGCCAUGCAGGCUGCCCUCUUCCCCUCCGACAGCGAAGGCGACGACACGGGCGCCCGGGCGCUGCUGGCUCUCAAAUCGGCCCCUUGCAGCCCGAGCCGGCUGAGUGCUCAGCUCAAGAGCGGCGCCGUGCGCUGGGAGCUAGGCCUCGACCCGCAGGCCCCGCCCGACGCCGCUAUCGCCAAGCUCGAGGGCCGGGAUUUCGAGUACCUGAUGCGGCAGGAGUCGGUGACCAUCGGCCGCAACUCGAGCCAGGGGCCCGUGGACGUGAACAUGGGCCACUCGAGCUUCAUCUCCCGCCGGCACCUGCAGAUCACCUUCCAGGAGCCGCACUUCUACCUGAAAUGCCUCGGCAAGAACGGCGUCUUCGUGGACGGAGCCUUCCAGAGGAGGGGUGCUCCGCCGCUGCUGCUGCCCCGACAGUGUAUGUUUCGUUUUCCCAGCACUGUGAUAAAGAUUACAUUUACGUCGCUUUACAGUAAGCAGGAGGUGAAGGAGGAGCAGCCACCAUCUCCCAUCCGUCCGCUUCGCCCGCAGAUCUCGCCACUCAAAAUUAACAUUCCUGAUCCAAACAUCGACCUGGUCAGCCCCAUCCCCUCACCCACUGGUACCAUCAGUGUCCCUAAUUCCUGCCCUGUGAGUCCACGUGGUGCCGGCUCCUCUGGAUACCGUUUUGGACGCAACAUCACCAGAGAUCUACAGCUAGCAGCAGCGUUUGCAGAAAAAGCAGCAUCCGAGCAACAGGCAGAAACAUCUGGUGGUGACAGUCCCAAGGAUGAUUCAAAGCCUCCCUAUUCCUAUGCACAGCUGAUUGUACAGGCCAUAUCUUCUGCUCAGGACAAACAGCUAACACUAAGCGGCAUCUACGCACAUAUCACAAAGCAUUACCCUUACUACAGGACAGCUGACAAAGGAUGGCAGAAUUCAAUCCGCCACAACCUUUCUUUAAAUCGCUAUUUUAUCAAAGUACCACGGUCGCAGGAAGAACCCGGAAAGGGGUCAUUUUGGAGGAUUGACCCUUCAUCGGAGGCAAAGUUGGUGGAGCAGGCAUUCCGAAAACGCAGGCAGCGAGGGGUCUCUUGUUUCAGGACGCCAUUUGGACCCAUCUCCUCCAGGAGUGCCCCUGCGUCUCCCAGUCAUCCAGGUCUUCUCUCUCCUCACUCGAGUGGGCUGCAGACUCCUGAAUGCUUAUCUCGUGAAGGUUCCCCUAUCUCGCAUGACCAUGAUUUCGCAAGCUCCAAGCUGGCAUCAGUGCCAGAGGUUCGUUACUCUCAAAGUGCACCAGGCUCUCCAGUUAGUGGCCAACCUGUUAUAAUGGCAGUUCCACCCCAACCACCUGGUGUUGUAACAAAAUCUGUGGCUUAUAUGCCUACCUCCCUAAUAACUUCCCAACAAUCCACUGGACAUGCCAUUCAUGUGCUUCAACAGGCUCCCACUGUAACCAUGGUGAGGGUGCUAACAACAUCGGCCAACUCCUCUAAUGGCUACAUCCUAACCAAUCAAAGCCAUAUCGGAAGUGGACAAGUGAUACAUGAUGGCUCCAGUGACCAGAAAGGAGUCCUUGAUGAUAAAUCUCUGGUGACCUUUACAAAUGUACCUACUGGCAGUCGAGUGAUUCAGACGGUUAGCAGUCAAAUCCCCCAACAUGUACCUGGACAGAUGGUCACUAUCCUGCAGCAGGCACCUGCAACUUCAAUGGGGCAACAUCAACUUCCAGUGAAGACUAUAACUCAGAAUGGCAAACAUGCUGUUCCUGUGACAAGCCUUCAAGGAAAUACUUAUGCUAUAACUAAUCCACUACAGAUCCUGGCUGCACAGGCUACAUCUUCCUCCCCUGUAGUCGUGAGCAAGCACCUUGUCACAGAACCACAACAUUCAGCUAUGUCCCUAGGUGAGCCUGAGGCCAAACGGCCUAAGAUGGAGGAGUCAACUGGUUCAGGCUCUGGUCUUGCUGUGAUUACAUCAACUCCACAGAUGCAGGGUGCCAGUGAAUAAAGAAAACAGGAAUCGAGGAAACCAAUUACAAUGGUGAAGAUAUACUCCAUGUGUUUCACAGAAAAAAACAGAAUUCCAAGGUGCCAAACUAAUGGGAGUGAGGAUAAAAAAAACCAAGCCUACCUUGAACUGAAGCGCUUGUUUUUAAUGAGGAAAUGAGACAGCUGAUUGUAGGAUUAAGGGUGGCUGAGGUGGAGAAGGCAGCCAUCUCCAUAAUUCAGGCUUUGUUGGUGUUUUACAAGCCUUAAUUUUAAAAUAAAAUGUUAUAAAGGAUUGGUGGGAGGGAAGCAGAUGAGAUGACUUGAGUUCCUCUUGACACAACAGUGGGAUGUUGCCAAGAACCUAUCUUGGUGACGUAGAGAUAGUACUCAGUACUCAGUAAGUGUGCUAACUUAUGUACUUAAUUAUUACAAACCAUAUGGGUACUGCUGACUUGCCAUUUCUUGUGCACAUGGUCUUUCCAGAAGAAAAGAGAAUUAAAUAGCUUUGAUGUCUAAUGAUACUGCCCAGAUCAUGUUGGAGACAUUUUCAUGCUCUCGCCCAGUGCCACAAAAUUCAGCCAGUUUGCUCUUUGUGUACUGCACUUUGCUAUACAGCAUCCCCACAGUAUGGCUCAUUUGUGGAGGACCACACGGGACCCAUUAUAACCAGGUAGUUUGGUUGGGUGGGAGUAUGAAAUGCAGUUGCUCCUGUAUGAGUGAAAUUUAUUUUUAAAAUGGGAAUUAUUAAAGCAAAACAGGACAAUUAAUUAAUAUUAUUAAAGCCAGCCUAUUGGGGGAUGAUAUUGGUGCGCUGAGUUUAAUGUUAAUAACGGAGGAAUAACUCCCUCAUACUAGGGUUGUCAAACCAGAUUGGUUCCUAUGCUAAAAUGAUUUCUCUUCAGUGCCUGCGGCCCCCAAACUUUGAAAUAGAAACAUUUUGCCUCACUGAAUUACCUCAUCCAGUUUGACAGUGGUAUUAAUUUUUUUCCAAACUGUGCAGUAAUGUGUUAGCAAUAGUUUUGCCCACAGUUGACCAGCAAACAACGUUUGAAGCGUCGAUGUAACUUAGUGGGGGGUUGGUGUGAUCAGUGCUGUAAUUUGAAUCAGUGAGGAUGGGCCUAUCAUUAACCUUUGACAUGAUUUUUUUAUCUUUGAAGUUAGUAACAUUUCUUAUGCUCAACAUAGCAAGCUAUCUAAGAGUAAUCAGUCUUUUUUUAAAAAUUGCAAAUUAUAGAAAAUUUGCACUAUUGGAUUCAUUCUGAACUUAAACCCAGAACCAGAUCAGAUGAUGCAUAUAUAAUCCAGAUUUUUUUCUGGAAUUGGCCUCCCAGUGUACAUCAGUUUAGAAAUGUGAUUUGCAUGCUCUUGUUCUAAAUGAAUGUUCAUAUAUGCAAAUAGCUUAAAUGGGUACAACAAAUUGAGUCAAAUCCAGUUGAUCACAAUAUGAUCUGCGUGGGACACAUUACUUCUGUGCACCAUUUCAGAACCCUUAAUAGAAUUCUAUAAUUCACACAAGCUCAUCUAUUAACUUAUGGUCAUAGAUUGUGGUGUUCCACUAAAUUUUCUUGUUUUAUUCUUCUUCCUAAAAGUUGCAUUUCAGCAAAAGCAGUUUCUUUUAGAUCUGCUUUACACAAGUGUAAUUACAUCACAGCCAAUAUAUCUUUGGCUCAUUUCAUGGCUCAUUCUUGACUAGAUCUUGGUUAAACUUGUAUUGGUAAUGUUGCCUGGAAAAGCAUAAUCAGUUUAGAUGAUGUUUCCAGUUGAUGAAAAAGGAAUGUCAGAGGCAUGCAUUAUGACUGGCACAAGACUGUUAAAUGUUGAUAAUUUUUUGGCAGACUGAACUUUUAUUGAGAGUAGCUAUAUGAAUUGCUCUCCCCACCACACCACUACACACCUCCCAAUACCGCAGGCAUAAAAAUGUGAAGCUUCAUUUUGCAGAAAUUGAGUUUUCUAAAGAUUAGUCAUUCUAACAAGUCCUUUGUUAACUUUGAGGUAAAUUACAUGAUUUUCAUCUGCACCAUUAACAAAGGACGCAUGAACAUAUCAACAAAGUAAAGGAAGUAAAGCACACAGUUGAAAGUAAAAUUAUUAUGACCUCAAAUUGGUCAGAGGCUUGUAUAAAUACAUAAUGUUUUAAAAGGGCAGUAUUGGUUUGUUAUCUGAACUUUCAGGAAAGCAUCGGUCAUCAUUGACUCAAAUGUGGAGAAGCAAUAGUUCAACAAAGUUUUAUGAUAGAUGCAGUGGAAAGCUGUUAAAUGUGUGUCUGUACAGAAUAAUAUUGCAUUUCUGAAAUAUGUCCUUUAAAAAUUGAGAGCCUCUUGCAUCUUCUACUGGUAUAUGCAAAGGUUUGUCAUGCAUUAAAAUGCUAUAUUUGUUUAUGUAUCGUUUUAACAGUUCUCCACUGUGCAUAUCAUCUAAUAAAUUUUAAAUAUUGGUGGGCCUUCUCCAAGAAUUUCUCUUCUUUAGUCUGAAUAUCAUAGACCUUGAAGAAUGAGAACAGUCAGAGAUGUGAAAAGAGUAUUGAAGCUCAUAUCCUUCAGAACCCAAAUUCUCUCAUCAUCCAAUUGCAUUUUGAACAGCCUCAAUAUUUUUAUUACCUUAUCUGACAGAUUAUUUCAAACAUUUAUUAUUUGAGAAGUUUUUAUCUCUGGUAUCUGCUCUAAAUGUACUUAUGAGUAAUAUCUGUCCACAUUCUUUGGCUUACUUUUAAAUAAUAAUUUGAAGUUUUAGAGCACUGAACUGAAAAGAUUUGAUUUGGUGAGAAUGGGGAUUUAAAACGCAAUAUUCAAUGAUCUUUCUAUAUAUCUAAGCUUCCUUAUAAACUUAGAUUGAAGUACAAAAGCAAAAAGGGUAACUGGUUCAUUAGGUUUUCUUUUUAAGUGUAAUGUAAAACCAUAGCAUCACAGAAUAAAUUUUAAACAUUGUAAAAUAAUUAAUUGAUAUUGAUAGUUACUUAAAAGAAUGUGCAUAUCAUUUGUGAAUGAUGUAAAACUACAAAUGAGGUGACUGAUGGAAAAAAAUACUGUCUACUUAUACUGGGACAGAUCAGAAAUUAUUAUUUGAGAUGUUUCUCUCCAGUGCUCAUUUCUUGCUCAUUCACAAGAGCAUCUGACAAAUCUGGACUUGAAGCCCAGUCCUUGUUCUUUUCUCUGUGUCAUGCAGUGCUGCACACAGCAUGCAUAGUGUUCCACAUAGACUUCUUCGUUUGUACUUGUAUGCAAUUCAAUUAGAAUUUUUAUGUUUGAAAUUAAAUUUUCUCCAGCUGUGAAGAUAUAUGGACAGAAGGUGAAUUGCAAUGUUUGACUUUGGACAGUGCAAGUCCAAUGUGGGUUGUUAACACAACUUGUUUGAUGAGGACAAAGAUGGUCUUAUUUGGACUUGAAAUGGCAUUUCUUCUGGCAACACUGCACACUCCAUAUAAACACAACCACAUCUGUUAUGAAAUGAAGCCAAUUUCAAGUGUUAAAUUUGCAAUAAUCAGUAGCCUCUAAGCAAAUCUGCAUCAAUCUUGCAGUGCAGUACAAUCACUGUUGUUGGCAGCUUUUCCCAAUGCUGAUCAUAUUGCUGUCCAACUUUGGUGCAGUCAUCCUACAGCUUGUAAGGGAAUUUACUAAAGGUUUGAUAAUAUUACCCUGACAAAAGUGUACAAUAAGAAUAUUGCAUAAGAUCAUUUUGUUUGCUGUUAAAUAAUUGUCAACCAACAAAGUAUGAUUCAUGCAAUGCAAAAUUUUUGCUAAGUCUGUGUUUGCAAUCAGUCCAAGCUAGAAUGUCCUUUUUUAAAAAAAAGCACAUGUAGGCGAUGCACUAUUAUUUGAAAAUACCAUGUUGUGUUGUAACUUUUACAUUUUCUAUAUUAAACACAAAGAUGUUUAACAAUCUCACCGCAAAGAUCACUCCCAAAAUCUAUUAAAGUACAGAUCCUAGCAUCUCAACAUGGGGCUGGGGAAGAUGAGAAUUAAAAUAAAUCUCAUCAAAGAUAGUUUUUAAAAUUUGUAUUCUUAUUUAUAAUGUGGAUUUUAAAGUACAAAUCCAGUAUUGGCACUUUUAUACAUUGAAAGUGAGCUUCAAUGGAAUGGCAUAGUUUGAAAACACCACGUAGGAAUAGAUUUUUGUUACCUUGUAAACAGUUAUGCAAGAGUUAGAUUCUACAUGUGAGAUGAGGCCUGUAUGUAUUCUCUGAAUAAACUGAUAAAAGAGAUAGUAGUAUAAUGUAGUGUCUGCCUCAUCUCUAUGAAGGGCCAGUAUCAUACUACAGAUAAAAUGUUAUCCAUUGAUUUUUAUUUUCUGUUCAGACCAUCCUAUUGUAAAACAUAUCUAUAACAAUGCAAAGAAUCCAGAAGUACACAAUGUAAGGGAAACAAUAGAGAGUUAUAUGUUUUGAUUCAGAAUUUAUAGCUUUUUCUUUUGUAUCUGUCUGACAUAAGUCAAUAUACUCACGGGUCCAUCAGUUGCCUUUGCAAUCAAAACAUUUAGAUAAGUCAGCUCUAAAUAUUAGUGAUCCCUAAAUUCAAAGUCAUUAUUUUGUAAACCAGAUAGUUUAAUUUAUGAAACUUGGUAUAAUUUUCUUCAUUUGAUAUGACAUUUCCUAACUGAAUUGAAACAUUGCGGCUGAAAAUCCAUUCCGACAGACUACUCCAUAUCUGUCUGGUUCCAUCCAUGUAUUGAUGGCUCCAGAAUGGUCUUCUGGUGGCAAAGCCUCCACCUGACCAUUACAAGUCAACUUUUUUUUUACUGAGUGCCUAUGUUGGGAUGUUGCUGCUCCCUGACUGUUAGUCAGGGCCCAACAUAGUGCUGAUGGAGGUACAUCUAGUUUUGCCAGGCAUACCACAGACAAUUGGUGAAGUUGGAAUUGAGGUCCAAGCCUCCAAAAGAUGCCAAGUUGUUGGGGAGGGUUUAAUGGUGAGUGGAGCAUAUUUCUCUCCCCUCCCCAUCCCCUGCCCCCAUUAUUAUUGAAAACUGAUACCAAUAGUAUCCACACACACACACACACACACCCCACCCCCGCCACCUCCCGCCAAAUAAAAAAAGAUAGUAUGAGACCAUAGAUGUGCCACCAACCAGCUGACGGCCCACGCUUCUUCACCAGUUGCAGAAACUGGGCUGGCAUGUACCUCCUCUCCUACCUCCAUUGGAUUUUCAAGGCUGUGGAAUCAAAAUUGAAUUAAUACCAUAUAUGUGACCUGACUUUAUUUUUAAAACCCAGCUGCAAGCUCUGAGGCUGGGAUUUUCCUGUCCUGCGGCUUCUGGCCUGAAGUCAACGGACCUUUGGCUGGUCCGUCGAAUUUUCAGCCCUGCCUGUGACGAUUCCCACCGUGGGUGGGACUGGAAAAUCCUGAUCUUAGUCUUUUCUUUGUUGACUAAUUUUCCCAUGUAUACUGUUCAAUUUAAUGAAGUACUGUCAACUUACAGAUUGACUUUUGUUGGAAAAUUGUCUUAAAAAAGUAAAUACCACAUAUUCCAGAAGGUUUUGAGAGUGCUUUAGAGGCUGCAUUUGUAAAGUUUUAAAACUGUCCACCCUUUGGCAACCAAAUAUGGCAGCUAAUGCAGUAUUAGCAUUGUGGUUAAAUAACUUAGUAAAGAUAAGAAUUUUAAUGUAGAUAAAUAUUUGUAAAUAACACAAUCUAGAGAAAUGGAAGUGAGCUUUGUCCUGUGUCAAAAUGGUAAACUUUUAAUGGUUUGAUGUUAGUCUGCUGUGCUUUUUACAUGUGUUGAUUCAUUGCAAAUACAUUCUGUAAUGUUGCAUUUUCAUACAAGUGGUUAGUGUUCCUUUUCCCUGGUUUCUAACAUGACCCAGUGGAUCAGUGGAAGGAAAUUUUUGCAAUCAAGUACUUUUGAUGACCUGUGAUGCUUUGUAUUUCCUGGUACUGUUGUCCACUAGCCAUGUAUUGCUGGCAGACACCUUGGCAGAAGGAAUGCUGCUGCUACUUUGUGGUGGACAAUUGCAAUACCUUGACAAAGAAAUAUCUCAGGAAUACCUCAUGAAUGGUGAGGAAGGCAAAAUGGAGUAAUGAGCUUGUGUGUCAAUUAUCAAAAAUCUGCCUGUUUUUAAUGUUGAACUUGUUAAACUAACAGAAACAAGAUAAGUGCUGCUACGAAAAAAGUAUAACGUUGGACUAUCAGUAACCUUCUGUAAAAGGGCAGGGGAGUACUUCUGCCUGCUUCUUAUCCGGUCUUCUAGAUAGACUUAACCUGCUAAAAUAGAUCAAUAGUUAACAGUGCAUUUGGAGUAGAAAUUGGAAAUGAGGAAAGGGGGGGCUUCAUCUAAUAUUAGUCACUUUGCAUGUUACAGCUAGCUUCUUUUGGGUUCUGUAGGAAAAUAACUUUGUUAAUUCAGAAAUAAAAAUAGUAAAUGAUGAAAUACUAUUCAGCUUCAUUAACAUCUGAAAAUAGAGAAAAUUAAUUUAUCUGGUCUAAUGUAAACUCUUUGUUCAGGUUUGAUAACUUGGGGUUCUCCAUUGCAGGAAAAUGUUGGGAUAAAAUAGCUUUGUGGCAACAUAUACAUUAGAAAAAAUGUGCAAAUUAAAAUAUUCUUUUUAAUGCAACCGUUGAAUAGGAGACUGUCCAAUAUCUUGGACACCUGGUAUACAUCAGAACAAGGAUAAUGUCCAGCUGAGUGGUGCAGUGACCAUUUUGGUUUCUUUCUUGGAAAGCCAAACAAAUUAAACGUUACAAUUGAUGAACCAAUUAUAUUAGGCCUUUUUCUCUCAGCAAAAUAAGAGUACACUCCUUCAUCCUGUGCUAUUCCAUUUAUAAUAAAUGUGUGACAGUUUAAGGAGAAAUAAAGUCAGACUAUUUGAUGUUUUUCUACAUGUUUUUGGUUUUAUUUUUAAACCAGUAUCAAAUUGUUUUAAAAUUUAGUCAGAACUUGUCAAGAAUUAAAGCUGCAAUUUUAAAAUUGUGUAACUUUUUUUGAUAGCAUAUAAUUUAAUUAUACAAAUUUUAAGGAUAUUAUUGCCUAAAUGUAGUGCAGGCAAAGUAUCAUUUUUCAAAAAGCUAGCUAGUUUAGAGAUUGUCAUCCAAAGGGGUCCAGAAGCAACCUGCACCAAACCAAUUUGUUAAAAGUUAUUUGCUGGCCACUAAAACUAUUUUGUGGUCUCUUAACUGUAGUUUUGUAAUAUGCCACGAUCUAAUCUGCUUUGCUCACUGUUUGGGCCCCCGUGGAGCAUUUAAUAUCUCGUAAUAUGUGGAAUUAUGGAUAAACAUUUCUUCAAAUAAUCUUUUUCAAAGUAUUUUUCUAACAAAAUACCAUAUUUGCAUUUCAUUUUUGAAGCAAAACAAAAUGUAAUAGUAAAUAAAUAUUUACACUGUUCCUUUGUUUAGUUAUUUAUGGUUGUGUAAAGUGGAAAAGUAUCAGUUUGUUUCCAUGAUUGAUCUCAAUAGGAACUUGCACCUGCAACAGAUACUUUCCCUUCAAUAUUAAAAGCAAAAAGCUGUCUAAUAGAGCUUAAAUAAAGGUGAUGUCUUUCUAGUGAGACUAACCUGUGGCUUUUCACAUGGCACUAAGAGGAGGGAAUGAUUUGAUUGUUGCAAUAUCCAAUUGUAUUUAACCUCAGUUUGAAUAAGGCAGGGUAGAAAGCACACAGGAAAAUAGCCUCCAGUCUUGUGAUUUCUCCCAGUUCUGCUGCUUGUUGUAUUUACUGCUGCUUUUUAAUGUUCAUUUCUGAUUAGCUGCUUGGAUUUAAAAGCAAAAUACAAACAAGUUAUUGUGGAGGGUACAGAAAAGGUGUGAGAUCUUUAUUGGUGUGUGUGGGAGAGUGCGGAAACGGUUGCAACUGUGUAGGCUGUGGUCACAACUCCACCUACGUUGAAUCCGUAAAUUGUUUGACUGAAGGUCCAAUAGCAUGCCUGGUUCCUGAGUGUAAUGAUUGGUUGCUGGAUUGAGUAUUCAGUUUAAAAUUUCAUACCACCUUCUUCACUAUUGUGAUGGAACAUAAUCUUUGUCAUAGUUUUUGCCUUCAAAGAAGUUUCCACUUAUUUACAACUUCAGGUGAAGCUUUGCACAUCAAUAAUUUUUAUUUUGCCAGCUGCUGCAUUGGUGGAUUCUUCAUCCUGCCACGUGACAAUGUUGUGGAGGCAGGUAGAUGGGGACUGCUAAUCUUUUAAGUACUAAUGUGAUCAAGAAGGUGAAUUUUUCUUUAUGCACUAUGUAAAAAAAGUUUAUAAUUUGGUUUGACAUAGGAAAGGAAGUUACCCCAAUACUGAAUUUUAUUAAAGUUUUACUUGUGUGAAUGAGCCACAUUCCUCUAAUCCUGAAUUGUUCUCUUCAAAAUUAGCAGCUCUUUGUGUGUGCUGUUUUACUGUGUGGGACUUUUUUUCUAAAAUCUUUGGAAGACUAUUUAGAAUAAAUAGCUGGUGGUUUCAUUUAUACCCUUAUACUCCAUAUUUGAUGCUCAUUGCAGUGCGUACAGCUUCUGACCCAGUCCCAUUAUAUAUUUACUUACAUGUACGCCACACACGCACGUGCACACACUUUUCAAAACAUAGGAUAAAGCUCUGUGGAGCCAUUGUUUAAAGGAUAAAGAAUAUAAAUGGCUUUGAACAGCAUAUCCCACAGGCCACCUCCCUUCAGGGUGCUACGGCUCCCUCUUGUAUAUUCCAUACAUGACAAAUAACCACAUGCAGUAUCUACCUCUCAAUAACAUGCAUUUUCUCCAUGUCUAUCAGUGCUAUACAUUUUUGCUGAGAAGGCAGCCGGAUGAUCUACUCAAAGUUUUCUGCUUCUCUAUAAUCGACUGCCAUGAUCUGUUUAAGAGCAACUUGAGUCUGUUGAUGCUUCCUGUCUUAUGAUCAGAUUAUUGGACAAAUUCGAGCAGAGACUGGGGGGGUGGUGUUGUGGUGUUGCAGGUGAGUGGGUGAUUUAUCUCCAGCUCAUGCCUGAGAAUGCAGCGUUGCUGAAUGUGUCUGGUCUCCGAGUGUUCACCACUCUUGAGAGUAAUUUAAUGGUUCAUUCUUCCCUCUUCACAGCUCCCCACACGUCAAAAAAAAUAAACAACACUUUAUAUCUCCCUUUUCCUUAAGCACAACAGUUGAAUUGUUAUCUUUCUUCAAAUCAUUGAGAAAACUGGAUGAAAGCAUGUGGUCAAGCUCAAUUAUAGUGAAAUAAAACAAAAAUGGAAUAAAGCCUGGAAAUGUGCAGUAGGUCAGAUAGCAUCUAAAAAAGAGGAAAAAGAAAUCAGUGUUUUGGGAGGAACCUCUGGAUUUUUGACUUAAAAUUUACAACCAAUGUAUGAGUGGACUGAAAUGAAGAAUACUGACUAACCUAUGCUGGAAGUUACAUAAUAAAGAAAUGAGAAGCCAGGUGGCCACAAGCACCUGCAAAAGUGACUCCUUACAAGUAACUCAAUAUGGUAACUAUGUCUUAACCUUGUGGUCAAAUGCAACCUGACCAUUGCUUUAACAUAUACUUUGCCAUCCAGUUAGUGUUAGCUAUACUAACCUUCCUCCCUCUCCCCCACAUCACCCUCCACCUCUCAAAAUGCUUUGUUUUUGGUAGUUCAUGUCAAAUUUACAGUAUGGAAAAUAUUUUUUUCUCUUUUUGAACAAAAUUCCCUCACAUUAUCAAAUCGGAAUGACGGAACAGAGUACAUUAUCUUCCCCUUUUCUAUGGCCACUCAAAAGAAGAGUGGUGACUGAUCAGUUGAAGACUGUUUCAGCAUAGCUGCUAUAAGUAAUUUUUUAAAAAGAAGCACUUCUGUGUAUGGUGUCCUUUUAACAAAAGAAUGGACACAAAUAUACAAUGCAUCUGUAAGCCUCCAGGUUUGCAGAACAUUCACAAUACCCAUUGCAUUCAUAUCCAACAUUAUAAUUGUAAUUUGAAACAUAAUGUGUUUGAGCGUUGAUGCAUUGCAUGUUCCUAAAAGCAUGAACAUGUUGCAGGUACUCAAGAGGCCCAUCAGUAUCUUGAUUAUUUUUCCCCCAAAAGUGGGACUUCUAGCUCUCUUAAUAAAUUUAAGUAGAUGAAUGAACAUCUCAGUGUAAAUCAUCAUCCAGGUCAUCUGAUUAUGUUCCAGUGACCCAGACUGAAAAAUAUGAGAGUGAAUGUAUGUUAUGUUGGGUGACAGCUGGACCAUGUACCCCCUGAGGUUGCUGCAGCGUAAAGUUACACAUAGUGAUUGCUAUCUCAGUUCAUGCAUGAAGUGUGCCUACUUUGGGUACUGGACAGCAGCCAAGACCUGUGGAACCAUAUAGUAUGAGUUAGUUCCUUCAGGAGAAGAGCAGAAUAGAUGGGUGUGGCAAAUAUCACUGAAACAACCUAUGCCAGAGGGAAGAAGUAGUCUGGUUAUGUGUAGUAAAAUUGCAAUCUUACUCCUUUUUGAAAGCAUUUAUGAUGUUGCUGCACAAAGCAACCAGGGCAAUACCUCCUUCAUGAUCUAAAAUAUCAAAGAUGAAUGUAACGGUUAAAUAUGUGAAAAGGCCUUUUGCGUCUCAAAAAUUCAUAAAUUUUGUACAAUUAUUUAAUGAGGUGGGGAAUAUGAAUUUCUUCCACCAUUUGGAUCAUAUAAUAGCAUUUAUUUCCUGGAGUGUGUUUGUCUUUGGUAAUAUCCCCAAGUUUGUAUGAUGCAGGACCACAUUAAAUGUUGGUUUUGCUUGCAUAACGGGAAACACCUAAGCAGUCGUGUGAUGAUGAAAUCAUUGGGUUCAUGGUAUCAGAACUGAGCUUGGGUUAAAUUUGGUAGUGAGGGUUUUGUCUCUAGAUCAAGAAAAUAUUAGAUUAUAGAGAUUUCUCAAUUCUUCUGGGUAUGUCUGAAGGACUCUGUAAUGACACUCUGCUUCCCUUUCCCAUUCAUUUAUUGAGGAAGCACAUUCCCAAUUAUGCUUUGUAUGUAAAGGGCUUGUGCAAGUGUUCAUGAAAUGUUAUGUUAACUUGUAUGAACUGAAUAUUUUUGAACUGUUUUAGAUUUUCCUCCCUUCUCUGCAAUCCUUUUGUUCUAAAAAUGAGGAACGUUGGUAGCCUUCAGCACUGAUGGUUUUUGCUUCCAUGGCACCUCAAGGUAUGGGACUGUGACAUUGUAUGCAACAAAGCAGCAUUAAAAAUGGAUAGCGACCACCUGCAAAUGGAUGGUUAGUGCAGGGUAGACACUACUGGCUGUCACAGAAGCCCACAAAGCCAGUUCGGCACUUAUCCAUCAGCAAUGGAAUCGUGUUUAAAUUCAAGAUACGAAGGAUUUAUGAACUUACCAAGUAAAACUUUUAAAAAAUAGUGUCCAUUGAUAUAUUUGUAUUUUAUUCUGGAUGUUUGUUUAAUCAGGCUAAAGAAAGUGGAGCGAUUCAGCUUUUUGUUAUUAACAGCAACCUGAAUGUGAUUUUGAUGUAAUGACCGAUGCUGAUGAUGGGCUAAGUUUGAACAUUUUUUUAUUUAAAAAAAAAACACACACACACACUUUUUGUGUGUGUUUGAUUUUUUUUUCUCUUUCUGUUCAUGGUUGUCCACAUUAUGAAAAAUGGCUGCCAGGGGUGCAGGGGAGGUGCCCUGGGGUUCCCCUCAGCAUCAGUUUUUAAUGACCAUUAAAAAUAUGCAUUAAAGAGUACUUCUACAUG